GCUUCCCUGGGGACCGUGGACGCAGCACGGAGGAGUCACGUGGUGUGAAUACAGCGCUUUCAUUGGCUGCCGCAGCCUGGACGUCUGAUCAGCUGCUCUCUGCGGAUAUCUGCGUAAGUUCAGCGGGGACUGGGCUCCUGUCGUCCCCGGCCCUCGGUCAGCUGUCAUCCGUCAGGCUCACGGCCUUCCCGCCGCUGUCAGGCCGGUGCUUCAGGCUCCUUACCUCGGUGCUUUUCCUCCGAUUAAGUCGCCGUUUCUUCCGGUGUCCAGUGAUGCGAAGGCGGACCUCCCUGACCGCGGAGAAGGACAGCGACCUGCAGCUGAAGCAGCACCCCGGCAGAGGAGCGUCUGGGCCGGCAGAGGAGCGGAACAUGAAGCCGUUCAGGAGGUUGGGUCUGGUGGGGAAGAUGAAGAGGAUCAUGAUGGUUCUGCUGCUCAUUUAUGUCUCCAUCCCUAUCAUUGUGAAACUCUUCCCCUCCAUCCAGGCCAAACUCAUCUUCCUGAACUUUGUGAGAAUGCCAUACUUUAUCGACCUGAAGCGACCGCUCGACCAGGGUCUGAACCACACACGCAACUUCUACCUGGAGCCUGAACUGGGUCUGAGGAUCGGAGUCUGGCACACGGUUCCAGCUCAGAUGUGGAGAGCAGCUCAGGGGAAAGAUGGUGACUGGUACGACUCCACCUUUGUCUCCUCCCACCCAGUCAUACUGUAUCUGCAUGGAAACGCAGGGACCAGAGGAGGAGACCACAGGGUUCAGCUGUACAAAGUCCUCAGUUCAUUGGGUUAUCAUGUGGUAACAUUCGACUACAGAGGUUGGGGAGAUUCAAGCGGAUCUCCUUCAGAGGGAGCGAUGACGUCAGAUGCUCUCUUCGUUUAUGAUUGGUUAAAACAGAGGAUAGAAAAAUCUUUGCCACUUUACGUCUGGGGUCACUCUCUGGGGACCGGAGUUGCUACAAAUAUGGUGAGACGACUGUGUGACAGAGGAAGUCCUCCUGAUGCUCUUAUCUUAGAGUCUCCAUUCACCAACAUCAGAGAGGAGGCCAAGAGUCACCCCUUCUCUACGGUCUACCGCUUCCUGCCAGGCUUUGAUUGGUUCUUCCUGGACGCCAUAAGUGCUAACAACAUUCACUUUACCAGUGAUGAGAACGUGAACCACAUCUCCUGCCCGGUUCUGAUUCUACACGCAGAGGACGACGCCGUGGUUCCCUUCCACCUCGGGAAAAAGCUCUAUAACGUGGCGUCUCAGUCCAAGAGUCUCAGUGGACACAAAGUUCAGUUUGUUUCGUUUCCCUCGUCUCUCUCCUACAAACACAAGUUCAUCUACAAGAGCCCGGAGCUGCCCAGCAUCCUCAGUGAUUUCCUGGGAGCAGCUCAUCCCAUCGCUGCAUGACCUGAACAGACUGUUUACGCCUCGUUUUCUACAAACAAUCACAGAACUGAACAUUCCUUCGUUAGCAACACUCACACACACCCAGCCGCCUCACACACUGGAGUUACAGGGUUAUCAUGGGAACAGUUUUAACGUCAGAAGAAUCACUCCAACCUGCAGGACGAGCAAACAGGACGGAAAAGUUUUUAUUUAGUUAUUCUGGCAGCUGAGCUGCUAACUCUCCUUCAUGUGCAUGGUUUCUUCUUCUGUUGUUUUUACUUGAUCACAGGACUCACCUCUCUGCAGGUGGUCGUUUGUAAAACUUUUGUUUGAAGGCUGCUAUGACUUGAAA